GAGCUGGGCCGGGCAGGGCCGAGUUGAGCCGAGCCGAGCCGAGCCGAGCCGGGCCGAGCGCAGAGGAAAACCUUGCCUGAUACCCUGUGGCUUACUGGGUCAAUGUGAAGACUGUCUGGCACCCGGUGUUUCUGUCCUUCAUUGGCUGUAUUUAGUAGACCAUGCUCUGUCAUGUGGAUAUAAAUGCAGCUUGCAUUUCAUCCCUCUGAAAGCUCCUCUUGUGUUCGUGGCUGUGUCCCUCCUGAGUGAGUGCUCCCUGGGAAAGUGACGAUGAUCACAUUCAUGAACAACUCAGACAGUGAGGAUGAGACCUGUAAUGAGAGAACAUCUCUGAUGUCUGCAGAGAGCCCUCCAGUACCUUCCUACCAAGAUGGCUUGCAAGCCUCAGAAGCAGGGGAAGUGCAGAUACAUAGGAAGAGGCACGCAGGUAGCAGCUGCAGCCCUAACAAUGUUGCUGAUGGGGAUAUGUCUGACUCGGGUGUUCGAGCAAGAGGGAGUGCCUUGGAAAAUGAAGAUGAGGAACUGACGCUGAAAUAUGGAGCAAAGCAUGUAAUCAUGCUCUUUGUGCCUGUCACCCUUUGUAUGAUUGUUGUCGUCGCCACCAUAAAGUCAGUGCGCUUCUAUACGGAGAAAAACGGGCAGCUGAUCUACACUCCCUUCAGUGAGGAUACCCCAUCUGUGGGCCAGCGUCUCUUGAACUCGGUGUUGAACACCAUCAUAAUGAUCAGCGUCAUUGUUGUAAUGACCGUCUUCCUAGUUGUUCUUUAUAAAUACCGCUGCUACAAGUUCAUCCAUGGAUGGCUAAUCCUGUCCUCUUUGAUGUUGCUGUUUCUCUUCACCUACAUAUAUCUCGGUGAAGUAUUGAAGACAUACAAUGUGGCCAUGGAUUACCCCACGCUCAUUUUAGUCAUCUGGAAUUUUGGAGCUGUUGGGAUGAUUUGCAUCCACUGGAAAGGCCCCCUGCAGCUCCAGCAAGCAUACCUCAUUAUGAUCAGUGCUCUGAUGGCACUGGUUUUCAUUAAGUAUCUACCUGAGUGGUCGGCAUGGGUGAUUCUAGGUGCAAUCUCCAUCUAUGAUCUGAUGGCUGUUCUCUGCCCUAAGGGGCCACUGAGAAUGCUGGUAGAAACUGCACAGGAGAGAAAUGAGCCCAUUUUUCCUGCAUUGAUAUAUUCCUCUGCUAUGAUAUGGACAGUUGGAAUGGCAAAGCCAGACACAGCAGCAAGAGGACCAAGUCAGCAGACAUGGGAUGCAGCCGAAGAUGGGAGAGAGCACCACAGUAGCCCUUCACACUCAGACUCUCAGAUUUUGGAGACAAGGAGUCCUGUUCCAAGCCACCCCAUCACUUCUUUAGAGGAACUGGAGGAGGAGGAAAGGGGUGUGAAGCUGGGCCUUGGAGACUUCAUAUUUUACAGUGUUCUUGUUGGGAAAGCAGCUGCCACACCUAGCGGAGACUGGAAUACUACACUAGCCUGCUUUGUAGCCAUUCUUAUAGGUUUAUGUUUAACUCUUUUAUUACUGGCUGUUUUUAAGAAAGCAUUGCCUGCUCUUCCCAUCUCCAUCACCUUUGGCUUGAUCUUUUACUUCUCGACAGACAACCUUGUGCGACCAUUCAUGGACACCCUGGCCUCCCACCAGCUGUAUAUUUAGAAGAAGAGGGAGUUGGAGGAUUCUUUUUAAAGCUUUUCUGUGAAGUACGGUACACUGUUUGGAAUAAGUCAUAACAUUUUACACCUAGUGCCAUAUACUUGUAAAGAAAGCAAUAACUGUGACAUGAUGCAUACUAAAAUCCUAGUUACAUGUUAAGCUGAGAUUUUUCACAGGACUGCUAAUGCUUGGACUCCAGUGAAAAGCCUAGCUCACUGCUGAGGUCAGAGUUAAAUAACUUGUAUGUUAUUUAAUGUUCAUGCAGGCUCUUGUGAGCAAGGAAGCCUGUAUGUAGUGUGGGGCACUGGAGAGAUGAAGGGUCUGAUCUGUGCUUCCAGAAACUCAGGCAUUUUAGCUGUGGAAUUGCAGACAAGUUUAACCGUACUCUGAAAUUGUUGACACUUCACACUUUUGAAGUGUUGUGCAAACGUGAAGUGAAAUUCAGUCAUACUUGCAAUUAGAAAAGCACAGCAGUCAGUAUGCAGACAACGGAGUACUGUUACACCUAGUUGUGAGCAUUAGACAGAUGCGUAAGGCUGAACUUCAUAAGCUGGCCUCUGUUUGUACAAUUUCUGUUGAAAUUGCUCCAAAUGUCUGUUUAUUCUGAUCCUAGUAAGACAUAGCCAUGAUGGAUCUAGACAGCAUGUCACUGGUAGGACGUUUGAACAUCCUUAAUGUUCAAACAGGCAUCAUUAAUGCUGGAAAUAUUUACACAGCAUUAAGUGACUUCAUAACAAAAAAAAAAAAAUCACACUGUCAGUAAAAACAAACAAAACAAAAAAAUCUGACCUGACCUUGCUGUUAAAUGUAUUUAAUCACACUUUUCUUACGCAUUUUAAAAGUGUUUUAUUUCUUUUUAUGUCAGUUUCUUAGAAGUAGACAAAUUUUGUAUCUUUUUUCUUUUUAGGUGUGUAUAAUAGACAAACUAGCUCUGUUUUCUCAGCUGAUCAGUAUCAGUGUUUCAAAAUAUAACAUUACAUAGUGUUUUGUGAACAAUGCAAUGUCAUGGGGAGAUGGAGAACUUCAUGUCUGAAGCUACUUUUUAAAUAACACUUUGAACUAUGCCUUUUUAAGAUAGUGGUUUUUCCAAUAGACUUGUUUAAGCUAAUCUACUUUGAUAUUUAACAAGGACAUCAUGUAGGUGCUUCAAACAAAUUUAAAAAAAAAAAACACAAGUUUUUUAUGAGUUGUAUGUGUCUCUGGACAAAUAAUUUUUGCUCUUUUAGUUUUCUGUUCGUAUUUCUUAAAUUUGCAAUGUUUGAAUUUAAAAACUGCAGGCAGAGAGUUAAUUAUUACUGAUAGCUCUAGUAGUUUACAUUUAAAAAAAACCUAUCUGCUGUUUUUUUAAGGUUUAUGGGAAAGUUGUGUUGUUUGUUACGGUGCCAAAUCAUAAUACAAUCACUUGCAAUCAUGAUUUUAUUUUUUAGACUGCAUGGUUUAGAGUGGAUGUUAAAUAUUUAUAUGUAUUAGAAGAAAUGUCCUGCUUAUCUUAACAGGGUUGUAGUAUAUUGUUUAAAAAGAUUUAUUUUUAUGGACAUACAGUUGAUAUGUGAACGAAAUGGGGGCGGGGAGGGAUCUUUCAAUUAUUGAAGGAUUAUUAAAGGUCCUUCAGUUUUUUGUAGAUUUGUGCUUGCCAAAGAUUGGCCUCUUACUGAUCAAAUUCUGCAUAACUUAUAAAAAAAAAACAAACAAAAAAAAAACUUUACAAGGUAACUGAGCAGUGUAUUCUGUCAGUGCAACAAAAUAUGUUGUCCUGGUGAGUGAUAGGAGUAUAUUGUAUAAAAACUGGAGUGGUUGAAUUGUGUAAAAGUUUAAAUGUAUUUACUACUAGCAUAUAUAUUCACCUUGAUGCACCUCGUGUGUGAAUGUGUGUGUAUACACACAAGUUUUAAAACAAUAUUGAGUGAUUUCUCAUCUCAUUGGACAUUUUCACUUGUGUAUGAAAGUGAAGUUUUAUUUGUGAUACUAACAUUGCACAGCAUGGCGCAGGAUUUACUUGCACCCUUCAAAAAGGAGGAACAGGAGCCUGGUGGCUACUACACAAGAAAUUGGCACAGUGGUCUUGCAACUUGACAACUUGAUUCUGCACGUGUGUGUGCAUAGCAAAGUGUUUGUUCUGUGCAGUCAUUGAUUUCACCUUGCUGCAUGCUUUGCUAAACGGCAAUCUCUUUGACCUUGUAGAAAUCCUAAAUACUUGAUAUGCCUCUCUGAAAAAGUACAGCUGUCAGGUCAGGUAGGCUUAGGAUGACACCCACCUUGUCACUCAGCAGCUCAAAUCCUAUGGGAGGUGCCAUGUGUUGGCAUUUUUCUACAUGAUCCCUGUCACAUCUCCUCUCCAGUCUAAAAUGAGUAUUUCAUUGCAUCUAGUCUGAAAAGUGGCUUGGGCAUAGCAACAGUCCCUAACAUCUAAGAUUUGAGGCUAUGUCGAGGAACAAAAAUGCAGUGGUAAGCCUGCCUAAUGCAAACCCAAGCUUGUCAUUGCUGGGAGAUAUGCAGCCUUCUUGCAGCUUUUAGUGGCUUUGUUAAAAGCCUGUGCAAUGCAAUCAGUUUGCUGUUGUCACCUUCUGACCACGUAGUUUCUGCUUGUGCUUAAUUGCUGUUUCCUCUUGCCACUUCGUUGUUGCUUUUGGUUUCAGUUGUUAUUGUGGGGUUGUUUAAAGUGUCUACAGUGCGUCAAAAAUAAUGCGCAAGAAGCAGUGCAAUCAUAAAGAAACUACAAGAAGUAAGACGCCUUUCAGAAUCAUGCUGUGCUUCCACAGCAGCUCUCAUCAGAUACUCAAGGUCUCAUUCAUAAAACCUAACUUCAGAAAUUACCUCCGUGAGCAGCCAGAAGAGUGCUAGAAAGAUCGUCUCCCUCUGGUUCACAGAAAGAAAAGGAUGUAUCUGCAAUAUGAGGUGUCUUAGCAAAAG